UGUUAAAACAAUCAGACACAUUUAAUCGACAAUUUCUUAGAAUAUUUAAAAAUAAGCAAUAAAAAAUGACACCUGUUAAAUUGAUUUUUUUAAGCCUCUUAAUGAUAGUUCUUACGGGAACCACUUUUGGCGGUUUAUUGGACGCCAUAUUUAUACCCACCAUUUUACAAGAGAAAUACCAACUUAUGCCCACCAUGGAGGGUUAUCGUCUAAAUUUAGAAGAACCAGAUGGCAGCAAACGUGAAGAAGUGGGCAUGGUUAUUAACCCCGGCACACCCGAAGAAGAAUUAGUGGUUAUGGGUACCUAUUCAGUGUACGAUGAAAAGACUGACACCGAUACUGUAACUAUGUAUACCGCCGAUAAGGAUGGCUAUAAGCCCCGUUAUAUGCUUAAAAAUCGUAAAUUGAGUGCUAACACACUAAAGUCAAUGGUUGGUUAACAGCUGGU